UUAAAACACAUUCACUCAUUCACUCUUACAGGAAACUGACACAAAAAGAAACAUAACCAAAAAUUUGCAGUUAGUCAAAUUUUUAUCACAUCCAAGCAUUUUAGUCAGUCCUCAAGGAUACCUCAAACAUACAUUUAGAGUCACAAGUUACACAAACUACUUACACAUAUACCUGAGAGAGGAUUUUUGCUUCUAUUUUAAUCCUUGCACUUCUUUGUAAAUUGUAUCAAAAACCACUCCCACAUGUUUCUCUUCUACAAUUGUAGUAUUUUAUUAUAUAGUUAAUGAAAACUAUACCUAAAUGGAAUUUGAAGCACCAUUUUUUAAGUCAUUCACUGCUAUUACUUUAAGUCCAUUUAUUGUGUGUCUGUGUACUUGCAGGUUAAUGAUAUAAGCACACAGGGAUGUGAGUCAUAUUGUAACUGGCAGCUGCAAACUCUUAGGUUUCAUUUUUAUGUCAGUCAACAGGAAGUAGUGUUGGUUCGAGGAGAGCUUUUUUAUUAUCUAACAUCAACAGACAGACAUGCCGGGAUGGACGUACAGGAAGAGGAUAAACUUAGUUUCCCAGUCACUUAGUUUACCUGUUGGAGUUUAAAAUAGUGACUAUGGAAAACCAGUUUGCAACCGGUCAGGCUGUCGACAUGGCGACAUCACAACAUGAUCAAGCUGCACCGGUAAACAGCGUCUUCACCGCUCAGAAUGGAAGCGUCAUCACCUCACCCAGUUUUAGUAAUGUGAACAUAAGCAACGGCAAUAUUAUUGUCAACACAAACUGCACACAUGCUCCAGCCGCAACAGACCAAGUCAGGGGUGUCGCUCCAAAACUCAAAGAGAACAUCCAAGAUUGCCAGGAUGAACUAAAAUCCUACCUUCAGUCGAGGACAAUGACUCUGUCUGAAGGAACAGAAGAAGAAACACUGUCAACUUCUUUAAAUAAAAUCUAUACAGAGCUUUACAUCACAGAGGGAGGCAGUGGUGAAGUCAACAGGGAACACGAGGUUAUUGAAUUGGAGUGUACAAGGCCUACAAAUGAAGAAAGAAAAAUCGAUCUCAAUGACAUUUUCAGUGCUUUACCAAAUGAAGAAGAUCCACCACGGAGAGUUUUGACAAAGGGAAUUGCAGGUAUUGGUAAAACAGUGGCUGUGCAGAAAUUCACUCGGGACUGGGCAGACGGAGAAGCCAACCAGGACUUCACGUUCGUGUUUCCUUUCACAUUUAGAGAUCUAAACUUAAUAAUUGAGGAAAAGUUCUCUCUCAUUGAUUUAAUACGUAACUAUUUCGAAGAGGUCGAGUGUUUGGAUGUUUCGGAUUACAAAAGCUCUAAACUUUUGUUCAUCUUUGAUGGCCUGGAUGAGAGCAAAUUUCCCCUGAACUUUGACAAAAAUGAGAUGUGUCGCAAUGCGGCAAAGAAAACAACAGUAGACAUAUUACUCACAAACUUAUUCAAAGGCCAACUGCUGCCCAAAGCUUCGGUGUGGAUCACAACUCGACCAGCCGCAGCCAAUAAGAUUCCUCCAAAGCACAUCAACAGGGUGACAGAGGUGCGAGGUUUUAACGACGAGCAAAAAGAGGAAUACUUUAAAAAGAAAAUCAGUGACAAGGCUAUUGCUCAGAAGGUCUUGGGGCAUCUUUUGUCAAAACCUUUGAGAAGUCUCUACAUAAUGUGCCACAUCCCCAUGUUUUGCUGGAUUUCAGCCACAGCACUUCAAAGCCUCCUCAUGAAAGAGGAUCAAGCUGAGCUCCCAAAAACUCUAACAGAAAUGUAUAUGCAUUUCCUGAUCAAGCAGACAGAGCUGAAAAAUCAAAAAGAUUACCAAGGAGGCGAUACUGACAGAGACAUGAUCAUGAAAUUGGGUAAACUGGCAUUUGAGCAGCUACAAAAUGGCAACAUAAUCUUUAGUGAAGAAGAUUUGAAGAAAUGCGACAUCGAUUUGAAACAAGCUGCUGUUUACUCGGGCGUUUGCACACAGAUCAUAAGAAAAGAAUCGGGUCUUCACAAAAAGGAAGUUUACUCUUUCAUACAUUUAAGCGUUCAGGAGUUUCUUGCAGCUCUGUAUGUACACAAGACCUUCGUGGAUCGGCGAAAAAAUCUUCUCAGCCCAAACACUGUGAGACCGGUGUCCGAGGGAGGAGAAAGUCCAAUUAUCUUUCUACACAAAAGUGCUGUGGACAUGGCUUUGAGCAGUGAUCAGGGACGAUGGGACUUGUUCUUACGGUUCCUGGUGGGUCUGUCUCAAGACAAAAAUCAGGGGCUUCUUCAGAAAAUCUUUGGAGAAAAGGACAAACUUCCACAGAGCCGAGAGGAGACAAUCAAUUACAUUCACCGUAAAAUCCAAAAGACCUCGUAUUCCAACAAGGGUAUCAAUCUAUUCCAUUGCUUAAAUGAGUUAGGAGACCAAUCUCUUGUGGAGCAAGUCCAAAAGUAUUACAAUUCAGGGGAUGUCAGCAAAAUUUUACCGGCCCAUUGGUCGGCUCUGGCUUUCGUGCUGCUUGUUUCCAAUGAAGACUUGUCUGUCUUCGAUCUGAGAAAGUACUACGGUUCUGAAGCAGUCCUAGAGCGGCUGCUACCGGUGCUUAAAGUAGCAAAGACAGCUUUGUUAAGUGAGAGUAAUCUCACUGACAGGUGCUGCAGUUAUGUUUCAUCAGUCCUUACCAUGAAGUCUGGAGGACUGGAAGAGCUGGACCUAAGUGGAAAUAAUCUGAACGACUCCGGAGUGCAGCUGCUCACUGACAGCCUGCAGGAUGCCAACUGCAAACUUUCAAAACUCCGAUUAAAACAGUGCGGCAUUACAACAACAGGAUGCCAGUCUUUGGCCAUAGGAAUAAUGUCUAAUCCUUCUCAUCUGAGAGAGCUGGACCUCAGCAAAAAUAAACUUAAUGACAAGGGAAUGAUGCUGCUUUAUGGCGUUGUAAAGAAUUGCCAUUUGGAAACUUUAAGACUCUCUGGGUGUGGUCUUGAAGAGAAAGGAUGCACACGUCUGGCAUCAGCUCUGUGCUCCAAUCCGUCUUAUCUGCAAAACUUGGAUCUGAGCAGGAACAGCUUCAGUAGAACAUCAGUCAAUCAGCUUUCUAACUUCUUGCAGCACCCUGACAGUAAGCUGCAACGGCUGUGGCUUUUCAAAACAAACCUACAAGCGGAUGGUGCAGCUGCUCUGACCUCAGCUCUCAAACCCGACCACCUGAAGGAAUUGGACCUAGGAGCCAACACAAUAGGUGAUGCUGGGGUGCAGAAACUUUCUGAACUGCUGAAGAGUCCAAACAGCAAACUUGAAGCCCUGAGACUUCAAGGUUGUCGCUUAACAGAUGAAGGCUGUGCCGUGUUGGCUUCAUCUCUGAAGACAAACCCGGCUCAUUUAAGAGAUCUAGAUCUGGGAAGAAACAUCAUGAAAGAACACGCAAUUGAAAAACUUUCUGUGUUCUUGGAAGACCAAGGCUGUCGACUGGAGAUACUGAACCUGACAUGCUGCAUUGCAACCACAGCUGGAUGCAAGCCUCUGAUUUUAGCUGUCAGUCGUUGCUUUUCCCUCCGAGAGCUCAACCUCAAGUACAACCUGUUCACAGACGAGAGCCUGAAGCUGGUGUCUGAUUGGCUGAGCAGAACCGAAUGUAAAUUAGAGGUGCUGAGGUUGUCCUUUGUUGAAGAGAGCACCUGUGUGCUGCUCGCUGCGGCUCUGAGAUCAAACCCUUCACACCUGAGAGAGCUGGAGGUGGGCAACAAUCAUUUAGAAGAAUCAGUGAAGUUACUGACUGACUUACAGAAGAAUGAUGACUACAAACUGCAGACACUGAUUGUGACAGAUCAAAGUCUCCUCAAAGAACAAGAACCGUCAGGGACACUGAGAGAGAAAUUUAAUAAAUUAGUUUAUAUGAAAUAACCUUCUGCUUGGCUACCACAAAUGUUUAUCUAAAUGUUAUAUUCUUGUACUAUGUAAAUUCACCAACGCUUUAAACUUGACUAUCUAUGACAUUUGUCUGAAGUUUUGUCCCAUUUUGGAUGGGAAGACUCCUGAAAUUUUAAUUUUGCAUAGGCAGAGGUAAUCUAGACUCAGUGUACAGUUCUGAGCUUUUAUGUGAUAUUAU